GCCGCGUGAACCUCCCUCCUCUCGGCGGUCCGAAUCGACGGCUCUGAACCGAUACCGGUACCAGUUGCCAGUCCAUUGACCAAGACUACUCGCAAAGUCUCGAUCACUUUUCUCGCGAUGUUACGCGUUCUGGCGGUGUCCGCAUCCUUCACGUCGGCCCGAUGAGAGCCUCCUUCUGUUCCGGGUGAUCGCCAGUCGAUCGUUCCACGUUGAUCGUGACGUUCUUCCGAAGGAUCGUGUAACCUCUUCCUGCUCGGACAGCGAAGCCUCGCAGGCGAUCAGACAUGUACGGAAUGCUUUUGGAGAGCGUUCAACACUUCGUUCAGUUGGAAUACGGCGAGGAUGUGUGGAACGAAAUUCUCGAAUCGGCGGGCAUCAAACACUCUGUUUUCAAUACUCGCCAGGUUUAUCCUGAUACCGUGAUGACGGAUCUGGCAGCAACUUUGGCCACAUGUACUGGACAGUCCAUCGACAGUGUGAUGAACUUCUUUGGCAGAUGUUUCGUCAGGUUUUUCAGCAAUCUCGGGUAUGACUGCACGAUAAAGGCGACAGGUAGAUACUUUUGCGACUUCCUACAGAGCGUGGAUAACAUACACAUGCAGAUGCGAUUUACCUACCCAAAGAUGAAGAGUCCCUCUAUGUACAUCACUCAGGAAGAUCCCGAGGGUGUUGUUCUCGUUUACAGAAGUACCAGACAAGGAUUCACCCACUAUUUCAUGGGUCAGUUGUUUCAGAUAGCGGAAGACAUCUAUAAAAUGAAGCUUGACAUAAAGGUCCUCGAGACCUCGACCACGGUACCAGGAUCUCGCAAUGUCCUCGUCAAAUUUCGCAUCGACUUCGACAAUCGAGAAUACAUAGCAUCUAGACAGAAAAAGAAAGUACCAAUGACCCGGCAGCUCCCAUCAGUUCCCUGCAUGGUACUUCUUCGUCUCUUCCCUUUCGGAGUUCUGCUGAACAAAGACAUGUGCAUAAUAGGCGCCGGGGAAAAACUUCUACAGGUUUGGGGUGGCAAUAGCAGUGCGCUCAACAAGCCAGUUACGGAACUCUUCAAGCUGAGGAGGCCAAAGGGCAUCGCUUUCAGUUGGGCAAACGUGAUUAAUCUCCGAUGGGUUUUGUUCGAGUUGGAACUGAUUCGAUCGGCUGAGAAUCAAUUCAAGGGCCCCGUCUCGACCACGUCGAGCGAAACACCGAGCACCAGCAGAGGUAUGGAUCGAAGAGGCAGUCAGGGAUCACGCAGCAUACUUCUCAAGGGACAAAUGAGAUACAUCGAAGAAAUCAAGGCCAUCAUUUUCCUCUGUAGUCCACUGAUCAACAGCUUGGACGAAUUACCUAACAUGGGAUUAUUCCUCAAUGACCUAAAUCCUCACGGAAUGAGCAGAGAAAUGGUUUUUAAUGGGUGGCAACACUGCGGAAGAUUAGAAAUGAUGUUCGAAAGAGCGGAGCAGAGAUCUGAGGAAUUGAAGCACAGUUACAUGCUCCUAGAUCGUUGGAAAAAUAAAAGUGACGAACUGCUCUAUUCCAUGAUACCUCAAACGGUUGCCGAUCGACUAAGAGCCGGUGAAUCUCCACUUAGCACCUGUGAGACUUUUGACUCGAUAACCGUUUUAUUCUGCGAACUCUGCGACUUUGAUUAUUCCACUAUUGAAGGAGCCAUGGAUAUCGUCUCCUCCAUGAACGCAGUCUUCUCCUGUUUUGACUCAUUGAUGGACAAUUUUAACGUAUACAAGGUAGAAACCGUGGGCCGCGUUUACAUGGCGGCAAGUGGGGCUCCAGACAAAACGGAACACCAUGCCAAACAUAUCGCAGAUGUUUCACUCCAGCUUAUAACCCACGUUCGUUCGCUGAAGCUUCCAUCCGGUCUCGAUAUUCAGAUUCGAAUAGGUAUUCAUUCGGGUCCAGCCGUCGGUGGAGUCGUAGGGAUCAAAGUACCGCGAUAUUGCUUCUUCGGAGACACGGUCAACACGGCGUCAAGAAUGCAGACAACUAGUCAGCCGGGAAAAGUGCAAAUUUCACCCGACACCAAGCAGCUUUUGCCACCGGGUCGUUACAGGACAGAAUCACGAGGCAGCGUAUGGGUGAAAGUGAGUUUUGAUUUCAUCUUGAAAAUUAAUCAAAUUAAUUUAGCUCACCGCGAGAUCUUAGAUUCGUGCUCGUCGAUAUCCGAGGAAUCUUUCAUCGAUUACAGUCCUCAUUCCGUCACUGUAUCAAAGGAUCGACCAAACAUCUGUACUACAUGUGUUUGCGGCGUCAGCAAUCGGAAGAUGCGGAUCGUCGGUGGCAAUAUAACCGAAGUCCACGAGUUUCCGUGGAUCGCUGGUUUUAGUACGCGCGGAAAGUUCUACUGCGCAGGCAGCCUCAUCACCAGAAAGCACAUUCUCACCGCAGCCCACUGUUUGGACGGAUUAAACAUGAGAGAGAUCCAAAUCGUUUUGGGGAAUCACAACCGAGUCUCCCACGAAAACACGGUGGUUCGUCGUAGAAUCAAAUCUGCACGCAUACACGAACACUUUGAUCCUUACUCCUUCAACAACGACAUCGCUGUCAUAGAAAUGGACAUCUCUGUGGAAUUUGACAGCGUAAUUCGUCCCGCUUGCCUUCCCCAAAACCAAGUCAGUGACUAUACCGGAACCAUGGCGGUGGCGGCUGGAUGGGGGCGUAUCGGCGAGCGCGAAUCUCUCAGCAACGUGCUCCGGAAGGUUGACCUUCCAAUUCUGUCCGACGAAGAAUGUCAGACGGCCGGUUAUGCCAAGAAGCAACUGACCGAGAACAUGUUCUGCGCCGGGUAUCUUAAAGGGCAGCGUGACGCUUGUCAGGGUGACAGUGGCGGGCCCCUUCACGUAACCGGAGCGCACGGUAACUUGGAAGUUAUAGGUAUCAUUUCGUGGGGAAGAGGAUGCGCCAGGCCGCAGUUCCCCGGGGUCUUUACAAAGUUGACGAAUUACCUUGAUUGGCUGCGCAAUCAUCUUGACGGUGAAUGCGUCUGUCCACCACCGCAAGUGCGAUAGAAGCCGUAGCUCAGCAGAGAUAAAGUUCCCCUUUAACCUCAUACCUUAUUUAUUAAGCCUAGAAGAUCGAGAAGGCAUAGUACUCUCGGUUCCCAAAUGUAUAUAACAAUAAGUAAUUCAAUCUAGUCUGUUGUAUAUAUAAGUAAGCCUCGACGAGGUUAUGUGAUGUUAGAUCCUUCAUGUUUAUAGGUAUAUAAUUAUUUAUUGAGUCAUAAUAAAGUAUCAUUGCUGUGGAUUAAUCGGAA